UUCUCUCUUUUAUAAAGAUUUAUGUGAAUCCCAUCAGGUGUUCUUUAGAAAUUACAGUAUUUAUUCUAGAUCUGGGAUUUUUCUCACACAUAAAUUGCUUGUGUGUCCUUUCUGUUUUCAAAUAAUGGGAUCUGUGUCUUACUCUAGCAGUUAGGAAAACAAAGAGUUACAGUGACGGCGACUUUUCCUCCCCACCUUCUUUGAUUGCAGAUCGGCUGGCUCCAGCUUUCAGCAGUAUGGCAAAGGUGAAAUGAGAGAAGCCUGGUGUGCGAGCUGGUGAGCAGUACGCUAUUACUGGUUUAUGUUUAAGGAAUGAGGUUCAUCUAGGAUUUUUGUUAUUGCGUUUCUCAAGGCAUCAUGACACCGGCUUUUCCCUCCAGACGGGUUUCUGUGUACAGCAUACCAGCUCCAUACCACCCUGAGCAGGCUGAUGGGCAGGAAAAUCUGUAUAUUCGCUACUGCACAUCCUACCAGAAUGGCUUGCAUCAGAAGUACUAUUUCUUCAAAUGGAUGAGACCGUGUUUCUGGAGAAGAUGGCUUCUAGGAAUACUAUCUCUAGUUUCUUUAUCAGUUGCAGUAGUUGUGCUAGUCCUGCACUAUUCGUUCUCUCCAGCUUUCUCUUUAAUAUAUAUUGGUGGAAGUGUAGAAAUUCCUAAUCUGACUUACACAAAUGAUCUCAAUGAUCCCAGCUCCCAGAAAUUCCUUCUGCAAGCGGAAGCAAUCCAAAAUUAUCUUGCAGAAUCCUAUGAGUGUUCCACCUUGGGAAAGUAUUAUUUGAAGUCCAUAGUGGCUGCUUUCAGUGAAGGAGAGUAUGGACUUCGAGCUUACUACUGGAAUACAUUCUGGGCACCACAAGAUAUUACUGGCUCUCUUAAAAAGUUAAUCCCAUUGGAACAAAAAGAAAUGAGUAGUAAACAAAUACCUCACAUAUUCAGUACUUCUGGGGAAGGAGAUUUUGAUCUUGUUACAAUGGAGCUUUUUGUUUCAGAUUCUACAGAAUACGAUGUGAUGCUAAAAUCAGCAGUAUCCUUUGACCUGUAUGCAAAGCCAGGUAACAACAGAACUCUAACUCUGCUGAAUCCCAAGAAGUCUUUUUAUCAAUGGAGGUUGCGAGUUCCUCCUAACUGCGUGGUGAGACUGGUAGUUACCUCUUUGCAUGUUGUUGCUUCAGAGAGCUGUGCAACUCACCGUUUGUCUGCAUACGAUUUCCUUCUUCCUCUGCAGAACAAGAUCAUUACAAGGUGGUGCGGCUCUGGAGCCUGGGCUCCUCCAGUUAUACGUUUAACUUCUUCUAGUAAUGUCAUGUUACUUACCAUCUCACUGGACCAGAGAGAAGAAAGGAAUAUACUAAAAGCUCACUUUCAAGCAAUCCCUAAAAUCAUGUGUGGUGGUCAUUAUAUUUCCUGGAAUGGAAGUCUGAGUUCCCCUUACUACCCAAGUUACUACCCACCAAACAUUGACUGCAGCUGGAUCAUCCGAGCACCCUCACCUGCCUACAAGCUCUCGUUAAAAAUCCUUGCAAUACAAAUUCAAGAGAAGUCUCCAGGGUCCAGUAAAUGUGAUAAAGACUGGUUAGAAAUUGAUGGAGUUAGAUACUGUAAAGAUAUUUCAGAAAAUGGCAGAAGCAGAGAAUAUGGCUAUUCUGUUGCUAUCAACUUCCAUUCCGAUGAACUAGUCACCCAUAGAGGAUUUUAUAUUGAAUAUAGAGCCUUCAGUAACACAGACAGUUGUGCUCCAGAGCAGUUGAACUGUGAUGAUGGAAAAUGUAAGCAUCAGUUUAAGACCUGUGAAGGUGAUGAUAGCUGCAGGGAGGACAGCAGUGAAAACAACUGUUCCUACAAAAGUUGCUUGCCUUAUACUUACAAAUGUCUUAAUGGAAAAUGCUUGCUGAAACCAAAUCCUGAGUGUGAUGGGAAAAGAGACUGCACAGAUGGAUCAGAUGAAAUGAACUGUGCUUGUGGAAGACACCAGUUUAAGAAAAACAGGAUUGUUGGAGGUGAAGAUGCACAAUCUGGAAAAUGGCCUUGGCAAGCAAGUUUACAAAUAGAAGCACAUGGCCACGUCUGUGGUGCAUCUGUUAUUUCCAAGAGCUGGCUUGUAUCUGCUGCCCAUUGCUUUCUGGAUUCUGAUUCCAUAAGAUACUCUGCUCCAUCAAGGUGGAGAGCAUAUAUGGGCUUACGCACUGUUAAUGAAAAGAGCAAUCAUGUAGCUAUGAGAGCAAUCAAAAGGAUUAUUGUCCACCCACAGUAUGACCAAUCUAUCUCAGAUUAUGACAUAGCCCUGUUGGAACUGGAGACACCUGUAUUCUUCAGCGAGCUGGUACAGCCCAUUUGUUUACCAAGCAGCUCUAGAGUAUUUCUUUAUGGAACUGUCUGCUAUGUAACUGGCUGGGGAGCCAAAAAAGAAAAUAGUCAUUUUGCCAGAACACUGCAGGAAGCUAGAGUGAGAAUAAUUAAUCAAAGCGUUUGCAGCAAGCUGUAUGAUGAUCUCAUCACAUCGCGCAUGCUCUGUGCUGGGAAUCUUAAUGGUGGCAUUGAUGCAUGCCAGGGAGAUUCUGGAGGUCCCUUGGCCUGCACAGGAAAGGGAGAUAGAUGGUACCUUGCUGGCAUUGUGAGCUGGGGUGAAGGAUGCGCCCGACGCAAUCGUCCUGGUGUAUACACUAAGGUGACAGCACUUUAUGACUGGAUUCGUCAGAAUGCAAACUGAUUUUUGAUGUGCCGUGGAGAAAAUGCAGGUCAUCUCCAUUACAGAAGCUGCUUCCUAUGUUAUCAUGUACGUGAAAAUGCUGCUGGCUGUUUUACUGUGAAAGAAAGCACGAUCUUAAUGCAGAAAUGAUCAUUUGUCAUUCCCUAGUGGUAACUGUUUGGAUUCAGACCAGCUUCAAAUAACUUCAGGUUCCUUAUAGAUUCAUAUGUCUUAUUCCCUACCAGCAGAAGCAGGGUUCCCUUACAAAUUAAAUUUGUAUCUGGAAAAAAAA